UAUGACGUCAAUUAGGGAAACAUUUAUGGAUUUCCUAAGAGCUUUACUCUUCUGUUGCUUCUUAGGCCUUCUGAUGACAGACUUUGCAGCCUCGCAGGCCAAUCUGUCUCCAUGCAUAAUGAUGCCGGACCGCGGUCCAUGCAAAUCCCAUCAGAAAAUGUUCGCCUAUGACACUUAUGAUCAGCAAUGCAAAGAGUUUCCGUACAGUGGCUGCGGCGGCAAUCCAAAUCGCUUCAGCACCUAUGAGGAGUGUAUGAGAGUUUGUAAGCCCCCAAUCAAGCCGAACCUGCCCACCGAAUUUGACUUGGAUGAAGUAGAAACUAUUGUUAUCUAAGGAACUGAAGGUUAUUAGGCAUUAAAGAAGCACGCCAGCAGUAGAAAACAAAAAACAUCAAAA